AUGCACAAGCAAGACCAUGUGCUCGAGCUUAUUCGGGGAUGGAGCGCGAGAGUUGGUAGCGUAUGUCCGUACAUUGCGCCGUCCACCGUGCAGGAUGUGGUUCGCCACACACAUGAGAGUCCAAAGAAGCUUCGACCGCCUCGAUCUUCCGCCGGCAUGUCGCCCAUCGACUCCAAACUCCCAUCGCCAAAGCGUCCUGCGUGGGAUGCAUCGACACAGUCCCCCACGCCGUCCCAAGAUGCCUGUAACCUUCAUAUCAUCCUGCACAACCACAGGCUCGCCGUUGUCCACCGGACAUCGCACCUCUCUGCACCACCACUGUACUUGUCUACGCUCCAAGGCAUGGAGGCAGUGUAUGGCUUCAGUAUGCAGAGCCCAGCGGAUGAAGCACGGCACCGAUCUCGACUUGAUUUCAACAAGUCGGCCACGUGGACGUUGAAAGUGCAUCCUUUGCACGCCAUCAACCUCGUCGACCCCUGCCGCAUGCGGAAAGCGCACUUAUGCAGUCGCAGCCUUCGGCCAUUCGUCGAAGUUGCGUGUGGCGACGGAGCGAGCGAUGCCAAGCGCUGCAAACCGUCGAUAAUUGCCGGUCCAGCGCCUGUCUGGUCGAAUGGGUGGCUGGUGUUGUCGCUGGCACCUGCUUCAGCGUCGCCAUGUCCGUCAGAGUUCCAUGUCCGUGUGCUCAAUAGGUGCUGUGACAAAGACAUCGUCGUGGGGUCGUCCACGGUGUCGUUUGGUACUUUGGCCAACCCCUAUCAAGGAUGCGGGUUCUACCCGCUCAGGAACCGCCGAGGAAAGCCCACCGGCCAGAUCAAACUCAUGUUUGUCCUGCAACCCGAGACCCCCACGCCGCCCGCCAUCGUCCCCCCCAGUCCAAAGGUCGAAGUUGCCAUGUCCCCGACGGCAAAGUUCUUGUUUGGGGAUGAGCUGCGAAUGAAGAAAGCCAUGUUGAAACACGUGGAAACGUCUCGAGUCGUCGUCGCGAAAGCUCCUGCCAUGCAUUCGGAGGAAGAAACCAAGGCACUGCUGGUUCAGAUCGAAGCGACGGUUCGCAGCAGUACCAGGGUGCACCUCUGGCCUUCCCACGACUUUCGUGGAGGAGUGCCUGUGGGCGAAGGCAUCCAUGCUUGCGUGAAACAGAUCCAGGUUGACGGUCAUGCCGUCGCUCUCAAGGAGUUUCGAUACGAAGCGCAAGGACGAUCUGUGCCCCCGCAUGGCGUCGUGACGACAUUUCGGCACGAACUUGACGUGCUCAUGGCCAUCGACCACAACAACAUUGUCAAGCUCGUUGGAGUCGUACUCGAACCGCGCUUGGCACUCGUGACAGAGUACAUGGAUGGCGGCAGCGUGCACGCAUGCCGCCACAACCCACGGCUAUGGCCAUCCAUCCGUCUCGAGCAGAAACGAUACAUUGCCCUUCAAAUCGCGUGUGCACUUGCGUAUUUACACCAAGCAAACAUUGUCCAUCGCGACAUCAAGUCACACAACAUCCUCUUGUCUGGCGUUGGAAGCGACGGAGUCAUGCCAACCGCCAAGUUAUGCGACCUCGGCAGUGCAUUUGUGUACACUGGGGUGAAACCAUGCGAAGAAGUUGGCACGUCCGGCUACAUCGCCCCCGAAGUGGCUGGGGGUCACGAGUACUCGUACCCAAGCGAUAUCUGGAGCUUUGGUGUGUUUCUGUGGGAGCUGGUCACGCCGUCAGCUUAUCCCAACCCGUUCGUGGGGCUCUCCAGCGAUGCAUUUGUAGACAAAGUCACAUGCGGCACGCGCCCGACGCUCGAGUUUGCUGGCGAAUGCGCUCCAAUCUUGGAAGAAUGCUGGCGGCUGAUUCCAAGUGAGCGCCCAACCGCCGACGCGCUCGUGGCCGAGCUCACGGCCUUGUUGCAUGCAAACUAA